CCUAUGCGGCAAUCGUGAAUUGCGUGCGCCGUGACAGUGCGAUGACACCUGUGCCUUUCCGAGAGGAACGAACCGUCAGUACCUCACCUGUGGGGGUGUUUUUCCGCGCUGCACCAUAAGAAUUUUGUAUAGCGACCGGAAGACGUCGGUUCACCACUGUCUUCUUCGCGUCCGGCAGAGCUAGACGAUGUUUAAACGUUUGUCGAAGUCGCGGCGCCACAGCGCUGACGAUGUUGCCCUUUCUUUGUCGAGCUCGGUGGUUCCACUGGACGAGCUAUCAGCGACUUCAAUGCCACGGACAAAGAGUCAGGAUCUGGAAUCUGCCACCCUGCUGAAAAUCUCCCGGACGAAAUAUAUCCGGAGAAGCUGCGGCGAUGCGGGUGCGAUGCAAACGCUGCUCGAAACGAAGCAGGACAACGAGCAGGAUGUCAUCGAGGCUGACUAUCAAACGGUUACGGCCGUGCCAGCCUUCAUUGUCGAGCACGAUCCGAGCAAGCAACGAGUGUUGGGUCUAGGAAUUUGGGGUCGCAGGAUGGGCAAGAAGAUCGAUUCGUUUCGACGGACUAGAUCUCGCGAGACUAUCUGCUCCAUUACAGAAAGGCCCGAUAGUGUCCAACACAACAUCAAUAACAAUAAUAAUAACAAUAUCAACAAUAACGAUACUAGUACUAGCAACAAUAAUAUUGACGUUCAUCAAUUAAGCAAGAUACACUUGGAUGAGAGAACGAACAGGAAGUUACCGACAGUUUGUCAACGAUCCCCAUCUCCCUUCAAAUCAUUCUUCAUUCGGAUGGGUUCUACUGGCAUGCUCAAUUCGACCAAAAGUAAUAGAAGAUCUCAAAAUAUCGAGGAAAGAACCAUACCAGAUAAAGAGAGCCUGUUCAGAAGCUGUAGUACCAGUCAAUUGAACAAUAGUCCAACUUACGUGAAAGGAGACGAUCCUUCGGAAGGUAUAGAUCUACAAAUAGCCGCGCGAAAAGACAAGACGGUAUCCUGCGAUAACCUAGCAGGACAUCAAGGCAAUGAUCAUGAGAUUUUCGAAGCUCGCGCACUAGGUGAUCCUUGCGCCUCCACGUAUUCAUUGGGUAGUCCUUCGGUAAGUUUCAGCACCUGCGAUCUCGAGAAAACGAAGAAUGAGUCGUUUAUGAGGAAGAGCAGUAGUUGCGACCUGAAGGAAGCGAAAAAGUCCAACUUCCCGUAUGCCUUCUUGCGAUCGAAACUGUCCGUGUUACCAGAGGAACGUCAUGGAUCAUUAAUCUCCAAGGAUGAAAGGCUUUUCAAGACUGUGUCGGAGGAGCACUUUCCGACCUUGCAGAUCGAGGAUUCUUACAUUAAUACCACGACCCUCGGACGGAAAAAAUCGAGGAUUGGAAAUAUUAAUAACUGUGGUCUCGAUGCUGUAAGGAAUCAAGAGAAUAUUUCGCGACUGGGUCGGAUUUCCUAUACUGAAUUUCAAAGAAAUUCCAGAUACGAAGCAGACAGAUACAGCCUGAAUGCCAGUCGCCUCGAACGAAUCGAAGCCGGACUUCAACGAGAGGGAAACAAUGUUGAUUGUUACAGCCUGUUUGACGGAAGUCUACUGUCUCUUCGGGAAAAUAACGAAUUUCGAUAUAGUGAGGAUACUACGCGCGAUAAAACAGAUUUUGCUGUUGGCAGAAUCGAGACUGGCAUAAUGGAGAAUUGCAAUGUUGAUCUCGAUAUGAUGACCGCUAUUAGAAGUAAUCGACGGAACUCGGUAUCGAGCUGUGAGCAGAGAUUGUCGUCUCACUAUGUGAGUUCAAACGAAUCCGGCUAUGACAGCGAUGGACCACGAGGUGAAUCCGUAGCAGCCUUGGAGAAUGAGGGACUGAAAUGUAGUUCAGACACUAGCAGCGUUGUGGAUUCAGAGGCGGAUAAACCCAUAAGGAGUUCGACGCCGAGUGAGAGCCAAGAUCAGGAAAAUGUCCAGAUUGCGGGUAGAAUCAGACAAAAUUCUGACAUUGACGAAAACAGGCCGGAUACGAUUUCCCGGAUGAAUUUUGAAGGGAUAGAUGGUCUCAGGUGGCACCAGAGCGGAUCCGGACGAAUGCUGCCAAGUAUUCACGGAACGUCUUUCGAGGAAGAAGCUGUGUCACGGCUGGAAGACACUCCUCUUCCAAGCUGCGAGGACAGAUUGAAUCUUCCGUCGGAUAUGGUGAAGACAUUGGACGUCUCGUCUCAUCGCGCGAGGUUGCAGCAGGAUAAAACGAGAUUUUUGAGUGACAUUAUUCAGCCGUUAACGAGGGUACGACGAUGUUGCUUGAUACAAUUGCACAAGAGAGAUCCUAAAGACAGUUUGGGCAUUCGAUUGGCGCAGCAGAGACUAGGAGAUUUGCGAUACAUUGUCGUACAACUCGAAAGUGAUGGCAUUGCUCAUAGAGACGGUAGACUGAGAUUGGGUGAUGAGAUUGUUGAAGUCGAAGGUAAAGAGCUAAAAACGCUGGAAACUCUUGAAGAAGUUCAAGAAUUUCUAAAAUCCUUUACCGGUAACACAGUACGAUUAACGACGGCGUACGAGGAGACAGUGCCGCAAGUAUACGAGAAUCCACCGCCAACCGUGCCUGGCGAGUACGAGUACCUGGAAAACGCGAAGAAUCUGUCCAGCAUGUCGUUGAUCGACACCGAAGCGAAUCACGUUUCUUCAUCGAUCGAGAAGAAGAAGAAGAAGAAGAUAACUGAUGGCGACGCCGAGCUACUUCAGUCGAGAAAGAGGCCCGACUUCCUGCCGCUUUUAUGCUUAUCUGAAAAUCAAAAGAACAUCCGUAGCAGUGUGGAAUCCGCUAUGGAAUCGCAACACUAUUUAACAAGACACGUGGCCAAAUUCGAGAAGGGUUAUGGCAAACCUAGUUUGGGCUUCAGCGUUGUAGGUGGCAGAGAUAGUCCCCGGGGUGAUAUGGGAAUCUUCGUAAGAAGGGUUUUUCCCGGUGGGCAGGCUGACAUUUCCAAAUCACUGUUUCAAGGUGAUGAAAUCUUGAGUCUAAACAGACAAAUUUUGAAGGGCCGCACACAUCAGGAAGUCAUUGAAUUAUUUAAGACGGUGAGAGAGGGUAUAGUCGAAUUAGAAGUUACAAGAAGACAUAGAUAUCCCAAAAGUACUGUAAAAACUAUCACUGCGCCGUACUAGACAAUAUGGACGAAGAAGAAACUGCCCACCGGAAGUGCUCUUUAGAUUUAGGUCUAACCUAUUAUCGUUCACAUGGAGAAAACGGCGUUUUAGAAUUCUAGUCUAUCAAAAAAAAUCUAUGACUUUUCUCUGACGUUUUUCUCUUAGAUAAUUUAUU